CAAAUAUUACACCGUUGUUCUCUAACGUUACAUUUGGCUAAGACACACGUGUGGAGCAUGGAAGCUUCGACGUCAAAGAAAAAUAAACGCUUUUCUGGAGAGGGCGAAGAAAAAGUCAACUGGAAAAAAUGGAAAGCAGAAAAGAACGAACAGAAGAGGAGAUGGAAAGAGGGCAAGCUGAUGCAGCAGCUGGAGAAACAAAAGCAGACCAAGGAGGAAGAGUUGAAGCAACAGCAAUCUCAGGAAGAGGAGAAAGAGAAGGCUGAAGGUCGUGUGUACACAGUAAGUGUUGCUCUGCCAGGCUCGGUGUUGGAUAACGCACAGUCACCUGAACUCCGCACUUACCUGGCUGGACAGAUUGCUCGUGCCUGCGCCGUCUUCUGCGUGGACGAGGUGGUCGUGUUUGAUGAGCAGGGAGAAGACAGCAAGGGAACUGUCGCAGGAGAGUUUACAGGAGUUGGGAAGAGAGGUGAAGCAUGUGUUCAGCUGGCCAGGAUCCUGCAGUUCCUGGAAUGUCCACAAUAUUUGCGGAAGGCGUUCUUCCCCAUACACCAUGACCUGCAGUUUGCUGGUCUGUUGAACCCUCUGGACAGCCCACAUCACAUGCGUAUUGACCAGGAGGCAAAAUUUAGAGAGGGCGUGGUUUUGGAUCGACCAUGUAAAGCGGGAAAAGGAUCUUUUGUCAACUGCGGGAUGAGAAAGGAUGUUCAGAUAGAUAAGCAGCUUCAGCCUGGUCUGAGGGUGACUGUACGACUUGAUAAAAACCGAAACACAGAGAGCAGGGUGUAUAAAGGAGUGGUCGUGGCUCCUCAUGUACCCAGGACAGAAGGUGGGCUGUACUGGGGCUACAGCGUACGUCUUGCUUCCUGCCUCAGUGCUGUAAUGACUGAGUGUCCAUUUAAAGAUGGCUACGAUCUGACCAUCGGGACGUCAGAAAAGGGCAGCGAUGUGGACGCGACCGCUCUCCCUCCAUUCAGGCAUAUGUUAGUGGUGUUUGGUGGGCUUCAGGGUCUGGAAGCAAGCGUCGAUGCUGACACAAACCUGGAUGUAAGUGACCCCAGUGUGCUCUUUGACCUCUAUCUCAACACCUGUCCUGGCCAGGGCAGCCGCACCAUCCGCACCGAGGAGGCCAUAUUGAUCUCCCUGUCAUCAUUACGACAAAAAAUUGCCACUGCUGUAUCUGACCAGGCUAAACGGUGAUGGCAGGGAGCGUCAUCAGACGACGGAAAGAAGACGUGCGCGGUGGUGCGACCAAAAAAGCAGAACCUGUAAGGGGAGAGAAUAUUUCGUCUACAGAGGUGUUUUAGACCCAGCCAUUGGACUUGCGGAAUAUACCGGACUGUUACUCUUGCACCUUUUUAUGCUGUAAUAUUUCUAAUAUUGUUUUGUAAUUCCACACACACACACACACACACACACACACACAACAUUGCUAAUACAAUUUAAUAACAAACAAACAAAAAAAAGACAGAGGCCUGUGGUGGUGUUUUUUAAAGAUAUAUAUAUAUAUAUAUGCUUUAAACCAUUCAAAGUACAGAACAUUCAUGAAGACACAAGAACAUAAUUUAGUGCAGACAUCAAAAAACAGUGUUAGAUUUAUUACUAUUGGAUCAUUUUACAUUCUUCAUAUCAUUCCCGUCUCCCAAACUCUACUCCCAUGCCAUGCAAUUGGCCAGGUAUGUUAUUGUUCAAACAUCCGAUCAAAAACGGGGCGUGUAAGAGUAGGGAAGUCUGUAAUUUGUUCAGUGUUAUGGCACGCCAGUAGUGGAUUUAAAAGACGACUCCGGCAUAUUUUUAACGUAAUCUCUAUCUUUAUUUUUAACGUAACCAGAGACGCAGAGAACGGGGUUUUACAGUGUGUGAAAUAGAGACUCGCGGAGGAGCCGAUGUGCAAAUAUGGAGAACCUCAGCUAUAGUUCUAGUGCAAAUGGGAGUCUCUGGGCAUCGAGCGAACUCUGAUCGGUUGAGCAGGGAAGCGUAUGUGCUAGAGUUGGGG